CAUUCCACUGCGGUCGACAACAACCUCCGACCCCGUUUCUGGUUAAGACAGGAGGAGGAAGAGAGGAGAGCACCGCCACAGGCUCUGUUUGUCGUACCCGCCUGUUGUUGUGAACGCACAUUGCGGUAUUCGUCGUGAGCUGAUCCGCAUCGUAUCUUGUCGACCUCAUUGCACUACAGCCCAUAAUCGACUGCUGGAGUGAGGGUUUCUCUACCUUAGUACACCCUAGAGGAUCAUAUCAUUGCGCUGCCUCUACAAACCGAUAUACACAAUGGUUGCGACGUUUUCGCCGCACCGCGAUGCGGGUGGCACGUUACACUUGCCCUCGCACCCUGGUAUUCACCAUAUGGAUGCUAACUCGGCCAUCCGACAACUGCGCCGGUCAUUGUCCCGUUCACCUUCCAAGAGUUCCAACUUCCCAUUGCUUGCCUCCCGAAAUCACUCGCCAUCGAAAACAGCACCAUAUAUCUCGUCUCCUUUGUCACCGUCACGAAGAUCCGCACAAAGCAACUUCGUCCUUUUCCCGAGCUCCUCUCAUCAGUCUCCAUUCGCAGUGCCGUAUCCUCCUAGCGCUAAGAUAACAAGACCUACAAUGCGCCGUGUGCGGACGUCUCCAAGAAGUCCUGUGAAGCGUGCUUUGAAUAUCUGCACGGACCACGGAAACGCGAAGCCUGCGCAGUCAAUCCCAACAACCCCCGGCGUGGAAAAUACCCCCACAAGUCCGGCGCCUACUCAAGUGGAAAAUGUACCUGACGACACCUGUCUCGAUGACACGUCCGCAUGCACAGAGCCCACCCUGGCACCGCGUACAUCACUCUCUCGAAUCGAGAAGCGGCGCAGUGGGACUUUCGGCUCAUAUGCCACAGUUAGCCCAUUGAAAAGGAGCGAUGGAAUCAUGAACUUGGAUCGGGUGUCUCGCGGUAGUCCUUCGGCCAAGAGGCGAAGUGUCCAUGCUGCCAACUUGUCGGGUGAGUUCAGCAUAUUUGACAAUGAAGACUCUCCGAAUAUUGUUGAGGACGCUCGAGUUGAGUCUUCAGCAGAGACCAACACGCCCACGUUUCCCACCGCCAUAACCCCAUUCAGCCCCUUUGCCACCAUCCCCAAAAGAUCAUCCUCGUUACGGCGAUCUACUCUUCAGCAGCGCCAAAGUGAUCGCUCCCUUUUCGCUAGAGCAAAGGCCAUGGGCGAAAUGCCUGAGGCUCCAGACAUCGGGACCCCUCUCACAGUUCGGCCACGCAUGUCUUUGGAUCACAGCCUUUUCCAGCCUAACAGGGACAGCCCUUUCUCAUCUCGACCGACGCCUGGUAGCCCGUUAUUUGCAUCGACUGGCAACAAUACUGAGCAGCCCCGCCCCGCCGCCCACCCGUUGUCCAGGACCAUCACUCAAUCGUCAUCUGGAUCCAGUCUAGCGGACGACUCUCCCACACAUGAGCCCAUUCAUAAGGGCGAUCGCCCGAGAGGGAUUUUCAAUUUCUCUAAAUCUCUCCCUGCGGGGGCCACUCGGCCUGUUCCGGUGCGACAUCUCAAUCGUGAAGAUUCAACAUCCUCCGUUGACUCCUUUGCUACGCCCGAGAACUAUAAGUUGGUCAAGCCUCUUCCUGCGGCGUUCAUGUCAACUGGUCUCAUAUCGAAAAAGAACCGUAACGCUGAGGAUUCCCGGAACACGCUAGGAUUCAGCAAAAACAUGCCAGAUACCCCGUGUAAACGGCCCAUUAACCUUUUCCCCACUGGUGGAUCAAAAUUACAGGGGGACCGACCUCUAGACAUAACAAACCUUGCUCAGCAGUCGGAUGCGAUACCUCCAUCGCCGUUCAAUCCCCCCAGCUCGCGUCCGAAACCCGGACCUUUUGCUCGAGGCAUGGGUAUUUUCGGCAACUCUUUUAACAGACCCGAGGUGUCACGACGUGGCAGCUUUGCGAGUACUGAUGGCGAGGAGUUAUUGCCAUCUCAAUCACCCUGCGGCCGGCAGAACAGCCAACCACUAAGCGAGUCUGACUUUCCCCCGACGCCAACCAAGCAGACAUUUUUCCCCUCUCGAACCUAUCCGCCCCAAGUCUCACAGAUCGCUUCUCUUGAAAGAUUAGCAGAGGCUAAGGGAGUCAAUUCAAGUCCCCUGCAUGACAGGUUUCAGCGUGGCUCUCCACGUACUCCGCAGGAUCAUUUCUUCCCUGAUCCGAGUGGGCUCUCGAUUUCUAACGACCAGCAGUCUAUUAAACCCGACUUUAAUUCCUCUAACUUGCCGGCGACUCCCACUGGCCCUCGUGACUCAUUCCAGUCUGGGAAACGUCCCAGCCUUCCGUUGGCUGGGUAUCAUGCGCCAGAUGUAGACCCUAGCUUAACCUCACGUUUCGAGCGGGUUGAGCUGGUUGGGACUGGAGAAUUUUCUCAGGUUUACCGUGUUGCUGAGCCUCACGACACACCGAAGCCCCCUCUUUUCCCGGAUGACGCGCAUCCUCCCAAAACAUUGCCUGAACAGGUAUGGGCUGUCAAGAAGUCAAAACAACCGUAUUCGGGCCUGAAGGACCGCGAACGUCGCAUCCGUGAGGUGGAUGUUCUCAAGUCGCUGACCAACUCUGAUCACAUCAUCUCCUUCAUCAAUAGUUGGGAAGAUUACGGGCAUCUUUAUAUUCAGACAGAGUUUUGCGAGGAAGGGAGUUUGGACGUGUUCCUGGCCCAAGUUGGACUCAAGGCAAGACUAGAUGAUUUUCGGAUCUGGAAAAUUUUGUUGGAGUUGUCCAUGGGUUUAAAGCACAUCCAUGACAUGGGGUUCAUCCACCUCGACUUAAAGCCGGCCAAUAUCCUAAUAACCUUUGAGGGCGUCUUGAAGAUUGCUGAUUUUGGCAUGGCCGCACGUUGGCCAGCAGAAGAUGGAAUCGACGGCGAGGGCGAUCGGGAAUACAUUGGGCCGGAAAUCUUAAUGGGCCGCUUUGACAAACCGGCCGACCUUUUCUCGCUAGGCCUGAUCAUGUUUGAGAUUGCUGGGAAUGUCGAGCUGCCGGACAAUGGCCUCUCAUGGCAGAAGCUCCGUAAUGGGGACAUGAGCGACAUUCCCAGUCUGACAUGGAGCUUUGAGACCAGCAUUUUCCGCGACGCGUCCGGUAAUCCGAUAUCAGAAGAGCCCUCGUUCGAAGAAUUAUGUACAUCCGACUUUGGGGACGACGAUUUCGGUGCAGACAGUUUUCUCGGAGGCCGGUCGUCAAAUAAGCGACAAGCAGUCCCAGUCAUUCGGACAGGAGAGCUCGUUGAUCCUCCUGACUUCAUGGUUGAUGCCGGCCACGAGCAGGCCUUGGAUAAGAUCGUGCGAUGGAUGAUCUCACCGGAGCCGCUUGAUCGACCCACAGCGGAUCAAGUGCUGGAGACGUACGGAGUCCAAUUUGUUGCCUGCCGGCGCCGCGCUGGAGCCAUCGUUUACGAAGGCAACUGGGGCCCUGCCGACGAUGUCCUGGCAGAGGACGCCGAGAUGAUCGAUGUUUAAUCAUCACGACUUGACAUAUCUAGUGCAUUUGGACGGAGUUGGCGCUUUCCUUUACAAUACCAUCUAAUGACGGCGUUUAUGCGAGAAUCCGAACUUUUGAUCUUAAUGUCCAUUUCCCUCGAUGACCCAGAU